GGACUACUGCUAUAUCGAUCCUGGCAAAAGUCGAUAUUGGGUACGGCCACUUCUUACAACAAGCUGCACUCUAGUCGUACGAUCAUCUCGCGUGUUCCGGUCACGAUGUCUUGUUUUCAUCAUACGACAGUAGCCUACAGUACCAGCUCAACCAGCGCAACCCAACGGACGAGGGAGGAGAGGGAUGCUGCGCCUGUCGAAAUGUGUCGCGCUCCGAUUCAAUAUGUUACACAGAUGUAGGCUACAAUCUACUUGCUUAUGGUGACCUUGUUAUGAGUAUUAUUUUUGCAAUAACAUUGACUGACGCAGCGAGAUGGUGCGGCAGUAAGGAAUAUAUAUGUAUCCUGUUGUAGCCUCCCAGGACCGUUGUGCUAUGCGUCGCUAAUUUUUUUCUGCAUACAGGCUAUCCUUGAUAGAUUCGUCGUCUUUCGUCCUUCAUACAACGUUGUCGUCGGCAGAUAAUGUUGAAUUGAACUCAAUUAUUGGACGAAUAGUAUAAAUGGUUUUGGAACAUUCCUGGAAAACAAUAAUGUAUGGAUCGAAUAACUUGUUUAUAGAUCUUAUGAAUUCCAUAUAGUAAUUCUGUGGGACUCCGUUCAAAAUUAUCUAAAAUAGCACGGGUGCAGGACAGGUGUGUCAUCAUGGAACCUACAGGCUCCACCUUGGACAUGCAAAUGAAGAGUGUUGAGAGGAGUACAGUGUUUCUCAGACAGGAACAUCUCACCCUACUGCAUGGCCUACACCUGGAGAUCCUGUCCUUGCAGAAACGAUGCACCGAGUUGACAUCUGAGCUGAAUGUGAAGCCUCCAGGCAAGAGUGAACUGGACCUGGCGGAGGAGGAAGAGCAGCUGGAGGCCCGCUGUCUGGAGGUCGAAGAUCGCCUGGCCGAGCAGCAGUGCACCCUGGGAGAGCUGCGUAAAGAGCUGAUUCACAAGGGGGCGCUGGUAGGCGCGCUGCGGGCUAACCUCAAGGACAAGGAGCGCCGCUUCCUGGACGAGCUGAAGAGCCGCAGCCACCGCUCCACGGUGCUCAACACAGAGCUGCAGAAGCAGACCGAGGCGGCAGCCUACCUCUCCUUCCAGCUGCACGCCGCCCGCCAAAAACUGCACCACCAGAGACUGCAGCAGAGGCAGCAGGCCCUCAGGGAGAACCGGGAGAAUAGGGAUCAUCAUGGGAAACCCCCUGGGCUCCAGUACAGCCAAGCAGCUGAGUGGGACACCGCCACCUUUUCUCCAUUUUCUCCUCAGUCGCCCUCCGGUUUCUCCAAUGCCUCCAACGCCAGCUCCGCCAUAGCCUCCCCUGUGGUAAAGCCUAAACGCAGGGGCAGCAGGGCCACAUCAGGGCACCAGCUCCGGGCGGAGAGGGCCAGGGAGUGUGUCCCCCAGGAGAAGGUGAUGGGUCCCGCAGAGCCCACCGCCAUGCCUGACCCAGCGCUGUUCCUCCACCCUCACCGCAGGCACCAUAGGUCCAGGGCCAGGCAUUCCCACUCCCCGGCCCACAGACAGCCUCCACUGGUGGGGGAAAGAGGGGAGGAGGAGGGGGGUGGAGAGGGGCCAAUGGAGCCCCAGGAUGGAGCUCCUCCUAGAAUGGCAGCCACGGCCACAGCGCCACCUGCUGGCUGGUCAGAUCAAGGCUGAAUAGCUAGCCCCACUGUGACCAUCCCUAGAAAUGCAUCAUCAUCACUAGCAUCAUCAUUACUAUCAUCAUAAUAAUUGUAAUCAUCAUCCCUAUGACCGUCUGAUUUUAUUAAUACUGUAAAUUGCCCAUUGUCCUACACCUUGAUGGAAUUGAUUCUGAAAUGAAUAUAGCAUUGUUGAUUAUAAUCCUA